AUGUACCGAUUAUCCAACACGAUCAUUUUGGGGCUAUUUACGAUCGUUUCGCUAACAGCAGCACAGCUCGAAUUGGCGAAGAAUUACGUUUGCACGGAAGAUUUCUGCGAUAACUAUCGCGAAAGCAAUGAAUGUGACGCACUGAAGACGGCCUGCAGGGCACAGAAUGCGACGCAUAAUGGAAUCAUCUUUCCGUCGGCAACGCCUUGCUCUUGCUGCAAGACUUGCGUGGAGAAUCUGAAGCUCGGCGAUGAUUGUUCGGUGGGUGGAUUGGGCUACCCGGUACCGGCGGGGAUCUGUGGUCCUGGGUUGUACUGUAAGGUGGCGGAAGGAGAUGAACAUCCAACAUGUCAACCGAUGCUGGAGUCGAGCAAGUGCUAUACCGCUCAGAAGAAGUUUGACGAUCAACGCCAGGAGGGACUCAUUGGACAUUUGAUGCAGCGACCAGAGUGUGAUGGGGAUGGCAACUUCCUGCCCGUGCGGUGUAUUCCAGGACAGACAUGUUACUGCGUUGAUGAGGAUGGUAAGCGAAUAUUCGGAGAAACUAUCCACACUGCCAGCAUUCAGAUUUCAAUGCGAUGUGAGUGCUCUCGGUUAGCGGCAAAGGCACGAACGCUACUCAACUCUCAGUAUCCAGUGCUUACGUCACGCUGCGACUCGAAAGGCUCUUUCGAUCAACUGCAGUGCGUGGACGACAUGUGUGUCUGCGUGGACAUGCACACCGGUCGUCCAACUUCUGACCUUCGAAACGUUACCCGCGGACUUUCGAGUCUUCCGUGCUUCGAUAAACGAUUGCACGAAAACACGACCUACCUGAGGGACUGUGAAAAUGUGAAGAUUUCGCAAAUAUACGACAUCAGCAAGUACGCCACGGAAGACUACAACGUGCUCGAGUUCGAUCGUGACAUCUGUCAACCGGAUGGAUACUACGAUCGCAUUCAGUUGCACCCGACCGGUGGUUACAUGUACUGUUCCGACAAGGACGGUGCUCCGAUCGAUGACUACCGGGCACCGCUAAGUUCACGGCUCGCCGCGACCAUGAACUGUAAGUGUGCGAGGGCGAGGAAGUUGCUGAUAGACAGCAAAAGCCUAGAGAUCCCGGAGUGCUGUCCGAAUGGGAACUACAAACGGUUGGCUUGUCGACGGGGCGAGUGCUACUGUGUGGACGAGGAUGGCGGCCAGGUUGGAAUCGAGCGACCGGAAAAGGACAAACAGAAGCUACCGUGCUAUAACGAUGGAGAUUACUGUCCCCUGGCUUGA